GGAAUGGGCUCUGCUGGCAAGGCUUGUCCUCACACCAUGACAGCUGAUGAGUCAGAAGCUGGAGGGUUAGCUCUGGAGCCUCUCCUCACUUGCAAGCUGUGUCUCUGUGAAUAUUCCCUGGAUAAGAUGACCACUCUUCAGGAAUGCAGCUGCAUCUUUUGCACAGCGUGUCUGAAACAGUACAUGGAGCUGGCAAUUCAAGAAGGUUGUGGUUCCCCUAUCACAUGUCCAGACAUGGUGUGCUUGAAUCAUGGGACACUACAAGAAGCAGAGAUUGCCUGUUUGGUUCCUGUUGACCAGUUUGAGUUAUACAAGAGGUUGAAGUUUGAACGAGAAGUCCACUUGGACCCCCAGAGAACAUGGUGUCCUACGGCUGACUGCCAAACAGUGUGCCACAUCACACCGAGCGAGUCAGGAGCACCUGUACCAGUGGAGUGCCCUGCCUGCCACCUGACCUUCUGCUCCUCUUGCAAGGAGCCCUGGCAAGGGCAGCACCUGUGCCAGGAAAGCCAGACUACUCCGGUACCAACUGAGCAGGGAUUCCUUAUUGGAGCAGAGACAGAGGCACCAAUUAAGCAGUGCCCAGUCUGUCGUAUUUAUAUUGAGCGAAACGAGGGCUGUGCUCAGAUGAUGUGCAAGAACUGCAAGCACACGUUUUGCUGGUAUUGUCUACAGAACUUGGAUAAUGAUAUUUUCUUACGACAUUACGACAGAGGCCCUUGCAGAAACAAGCUGGGCCACUCACGGGCUUCAGUAAUGUGGAACAGAACACAGGUUGUGGGGAUCCUCGUUGGACUAGGUAUCGUAGCGUUGGUUACCUCCCCCUUGCUGCUUGUGGCAUCUCCCUGCAUCAUCUGUUGCAUCUGCAAAUCUUGCCGGAGCAAAAAGAAAAAACCCAGCCUGCCGACAACUUAA